AUGUUCUUUCACAGUCUGGGAAUGGGACUCUCCCGUCUCUGUUCGCUCCCGGUGUCGCUCGGACACUCGGACUUCCGGUGGUGCUCACACAUCUCCUUCCCCGAGGAGCUGCAGCCGCUGACCGGCGCGUGUCUGGGUGAGUUCCCAGGGAAGAGGCCGCGGCUUCUCGGAGCAAAUGGGCGGCUCGCAGGAAAUGAAAACGAAAAGUUUCAACUUUUGGAGGAAAUAGUUUCCACCGUGGUUGUACCAUUUUGCAAUCCCAUCAACAGUGCAGCGUUGUUCCCGCAGGACGUGGUUAUCCUUUUCAGCCAGGAAGAGUGGGCUUUGCUGAAUGUUGCUCAGAAGAAUCUCUACAGAGAGGUGAUGAUCGAAACUGUGGAAAACCUGGACUUCCUAGGUAUUGAAAAUAUUAGUGAUGGGAAAGUUUUAUCCUGUGAAUAUGCACAGAUGACAUUUUUAAGGACACUGCAUCCCUGGCCUGCCGCGUUACAACAGAUAUCAACGUUGAGUAGCAAAGAUUAUUUAGAAAGAAACCAAGAAAAGGAUUUGAGGAGCCCAACAAGAACACAUCUUGAGGAGACAUCCAGUGGAAGUCAAGAACGUGGGAAAGCAAUUUUGCAAUCAUGUCAGAUCAUCACACAUGGAAGACAGCACAGAGCCGCGAAACCUUAUGAAUGCAAAGAAUGUGGAAAAACCUUUGUCCAGUCAACUCACCUCACCGAACAUCUUAGAAUUCACAUGGGAGAGAGACCUCAUGAAUGUAAGGAAUGUGGGAAAACCGUUUCACAGUCAAGUGAGCUGAGUGCACGUGGAAAAAUUCAUAUCGGAGAGAGACCUUAUGAAUGUAAGGAAUCUGGAAAAACGUUCACCCAAUCCUCUAACCUCAGUCAACACCGUAGAAUUCACACAGGAGAGAGGCCUUAUGUAUGUAAGGAAUGUGGGAAAGCAUUUAGCACUAUAACUGACCUCUCUCGACAUAUUAGAAUUCACACAGGAGAGAGACCGUAUGUCUGUAAGGAAUGUGGGAAAACCUUCAUCCAGUCAGCUCAUCUCACCGAACAUCUUAGAAUUCACAUGGGCAUGCGACCCUAUGAAUGUAAGGAAUGUGGGAAAACAUUUUCACGCUCAAGUAAUCUGAUUUUACACAGAAGAAUUCACACAGGAGAAAGACCUUAUGAAUGUAAGGAAUGUGGGAAAACAUUUUCUCACUCAAGUCAUCUGAUUUCACAUGGAAAAAUUCACUCGGGAGUGAGACCUUUUAGAUGUAAAGAAUGUGGAAAAACCUUUUUCCGAUCAACUCACCUCGCUGAACAUCUUAGAAUUCACACGGGAGAGAGACCUUAUGAAUGUCAGGAAUGUGGGGAAAAUUUUUCACGCUCAAGUCAGCUGAUUUCACAUAGAAGAAUUCACACAGGACAGAGACCUUAUGAAUGUAAGGAAUGUGGGAGAAGAUUUUCACACUCAAAACAUCUGAUUUCACAUCUUAGAAUUCACACGGGAGAGAGACCUUAUAAAUGUAAGGAAUGUGGGAAAACAUUUUCACACUCAAGUAAUCUGAUUUUACACAGAAGAAUUCACACAGGAGAGAGACCUUAUGAAUGUAAGGAAUGUGGGAAAACAUUUUCGCACUCAAGUCAUCUGAUUUCACACGGAAGAAUUCACACGGGCGUGAGACCUUUUGGAUACAUCACAGAGUUAGAGGAGCUGGGUGAAGGGAUUGCAGACCAUCACCCAGGGAAACCUGCAGCAGAAUUUGAAAUCUUUUCUGAUAGCAAAGAAAUUAUCCAGACGUAA